AUGGAGCUCAUCAACGCGGUGUUGGCCGCGUUUCUCUUCGCCGUGUCGGCAGUGUAUCUGUUCAUCCGGAAUAAGCAUAAUUACUGGAGGGACCAUGGAUUUCCGUAUGCACCGAAUCCUCAUUUCCUGUUCGGACACGCGAAGGGACAAGCUCAGACAAGGCAUGCAGCAGACAUCCAUCUGGAGCUGUACAAGAAAUUUAAGUUGCGCGGUGACCGGUACGUUGGUAUGAGCCAGUUCAUCAUACCUUCAGUGUUCGUGAUCGACCCAGAGCUGGUGAAGACGAUACUGGUGAAGGACUUUAAUGUGUUUCACGACCGCGGUGUAUUCGUGAAUGCUAAAGACGAUCCGCUAUCAGCACAUCUCUUUGCGCUCGAAGGUAAUCCGUGGCGAUUGCUACGCCAGAAGUUAACUCCGACGUUCACCUCCGGUCGGAUGAAGCAAAUGUUCGGCACGUUAUGGGAUGUGGCACUCCAACUGGACAAUCAUAUGGAAGAACACUACCGUCAGCCGGAUGUCGAAAUGAAGGAUGUGUUGGGCCGUUUUACGACGGAUGUGAUCGGGACGUGUGCGUUUGGAAUCGAGUGCAACACCCUCAAUACACCGAAUUCGGAGUUCCGCAAAUACGGCAACAAAGCGUUUGAGCUGGAUCUGAUAAUUAUGAUCAAGUUUUUCUUAGCGUCAGCCUAUCCCGGGCUUGUGCAAAAACUACGAUUAAAGAUCACGUACGACGAUGUGGAAGAAUUUUUCGUAAAAAUAGUGCGCGAAACUAUCAGCUAUCGCGAGAGUAACAAUGUGAAACGAAACGACUUCAUGAACUUGCUGCUGCAGAUCAAGAAUAAGGGAAAGCUGGACGACAGUGAUGAUGCUAGUGUGGGCAAGGGCGAAGUUGGAAUGACGGAACUGGAACUAGCAGCACAAUCGUUUGUUUUCUUCCUGGCCGGUUUCGAGACAUCUUCCACCACACAGAGCUUCUGCCUGUACGAGCUGGCAAAGAACCCCGACAUCCAGGAGCGCCUCAGACAAGAGAUUAACCAAGCGAUCGACGAGAACGAUGGACAGGUGACGUACGAUGUCGCCAUGAACAUACAGUAUCUGGACAAUGUGAUAAACGAAACGCUGCGGAAGUAUCCACCGGUCGAAUCGUUGAACCGUGUACCGUCGGUUGACUAUCUGAUCCCUGGGACAAAGCAUGUCAUUCCGAAGCGAACGCUGGUUCAAAUUCCGGUUCAUGCCAUUCAACAAGAUCCAGAACACUAUCCCGAUCCGGAACGGUUCGAUCCGGAUCGGUUCACACCGGAGGAAGUGAAGAAGCGACAUCCGUUCACAUUCCUCCCGUUCGGCGAAGGGCCUCGCGUAUGCAUUGGACUUCGGUUUGGAGUGAUGCAGACCAAGGUGGGAUUGAUAACGCUGUUGAGAAAGUUCCGCUUCUCACCGUCAGCGCGUACGCCGGACCAAGUAACGUUUGACCCAAAAAUGAUCACCCUGUCACCGAACACUGGCAAUUAUUUGAAGGUGGAAAGGACAAUCACAAGACAGUUUGGUGUUGCUUUCCGGUUCCUGUCGUUGGAGAGUGACGAACGAAAAAUGGAGCUCAUCAACGCGGUGCUGGCCGCGUUCAUCUUCGCCGUGUCGGCAGUGUAUCUGUUCAUCCGGAACAAGCAUAAUUACUGGAAGGACAAUGGGUUCCCGUAUGCACCGAACCCACAUUUCCUGUUCGGACACGCGAAGGGACAAGCUCAGACAAGGCAUGCAGCAGACAUCCAUUUGGAGCUGUACAAGAAAUUUAGGUUGCGCGGUGACCGGUACGUUGGUAUGAGCCAGUUCAUCAUACCUUCAGUGUUCGUGAUCGACCCAGAGCUGGUGAAGACGAUACUGGUGAAGGACUUUAAUGUGUUUCACGAUCAUGGUGUGUUCACAAAUGCUAAAGACGAUCCUCUAACAGGUCAUCUCUUUGCGCUCGAGGGUAAUCCGUGGCGAUUGCUGCGCCAGAAGCUAACUCCGACGUUCACCUCCGGUCGCAUGAAGCAAAUGUUCGGCACGUUAUGGGAUGUGGCACUCCAACUGGACAAGCAUAUGGAAGAACACUACCGUCAGUCGGAUAUCGAAAUGAAGGAUGUGUUGGGCCGUUUUACAACGGAUGUGAUCGGGACGUGUGCGUUUGGAAUCGAGUGCAACACCCUCAAAUCACCAGAUUCGGAGUUCCGCAAAUACGGCAACAAAGCGUUUGAGUUCACGCUGAUGAUUAUACUGAAAACUUUCCUGGCGUCGGCCUAUCCAGGACUUGUGCGGAAUUUAAAGAUGAAGAUCACGUACGACGAUGUGGAAGACUUUUUCCUGAAAAUUGUAAAGGAAACGGUCGACUAUCGCGAGAGUAACAAUGUGAAACGAAACGACUUCAUGAACUUGCUGCUGCAGAUCAAGAAUAAGGGAAAGCUGGACGACAGUGAUGACGCUAGUGUGGGCAAGGGCGAAAUUGGAAUGACACAAAAAGAGCUGGCUGCACAGGCAUUCAUUUUCUUCCUGGCCGGUUUCGAGACAUCUUCCACCACACAGAGCUUCUGCCUGUACGAGCUGGCAAAGAACCCCGACAUCCAGGAGCGUCUCAGACAAGAGAUUAACCAAGCGAUCGAAGAGAACGAUGGACAGGUGACGUACGAUGUCGCCAUGAACAUACAGUAUCUGGACAAUGUGAUAAACGAAACGCUGCGGAAGUAUCCACCGGUCGAAUCGUUGAGCCGUGUACCGUCGGUUGACUAUCUGAUCCCUGGGACAAAGCAUGUCAUUCCGAAGCGGACGCUGGUCCAAAUUCCGGUUCAUGCCAUUCAACAUGAUCCAGAACACUAUCCCGAUCCGGAACGGUUCGAUCCGGAUCGGUUCACACCGGAGGAAGUGAAGAAGCGACAUCCGUUCACAUUCCUCCCGUUCGGCGAAGGGCCUCGCGUAUGCAUUGGACUUCGGUUUGGAGUGAUGCAGACCAAGGUGGGAUUGAUAACGCUGUUGAGAAAGUUCCGCUUCUCACCGUCAGCACGUACGCCGGACCAAGUAACGUUCGACCCAAAAAUGAUCACCCUGUCACCAAAUGGAGGCAAUUAUUUGAAGGUGGAAAAGUUGUGA